CUAUAAACUUGAUCAUAUCCUUGUAAGGUAUACUUGUAUACCGGUACGCCUAUGCCAUUGAUGUUGCCUUAUAUAUAUAGAAGUUAUCUGCCCUUUGGAACUGGGGACCCACAAGGGGUAUUUUCAUAUCAACAUUGAGUACAAAGUCAAAUGAAAAGCACGUUUAUGUUCAUAUUAGUCACUGCGUAUACAGUAUAUGUACCAUAUGUCCCAGAUAGCUUGACAGUUUAAAUGUCACACGAGUACUAUACUCCAAUUAUGUCACAAACAAUGUUUCACAAUUAGGAAAAGUUUAUUUGUCAUAAGAAACAUACCAAUACGGAGACAAUAACCUGAGAUAAAAAGAACAAUACAUGACAGUAUACGUAUACGUGUACACGAUACCGAUAAUAAAACUGUUUAAUACCAAAAGUAUUAAAUAUCUACUUAGGUACAUUUUAUAUAUUUAUUAUAUUAAAUUCUAUUUCAUUUCAUAGUUACACAUAGUUUUACCCUAACUUUGACCCUAUGACUUUGACCCUAUGGAACCAACCAACCACUUGUAUGUCCGGGGAUCCAGUGCUAAUAAGUUUAACACUACGGGCAAGAUAUUUAAAAUGUAAAUAUAUAUUAAUUUAAUGUAGUCCAUUGAUAGUAAAAAGUUCAAAUAUAAAUAUAUAUUAUAUGAUUUGUAGUUAUAUAAUUUACCUUGAAGCACACAGGUUUUUACCGGUAUACAGAGAAUACACUAGUACACAACAUUUACAUCAUUGUACGUGAUAUGUGCCUGAAGUGAAAAUGCUAAAGUAAAAGACAAACUUAGAAUAUUUAGCACUAGACAUUGGCUGAUGAAAAAUUAAAUGAAACACACAAUUAUCUAAUAGUAAUUAGCAGUUAAUAGUAAUUGUUUCGUGUAUACUUGGCAUAUACACCUAGCACUGGACAAUGGAUGAUAGGGUUUCAUACAAUUUUAAUACGCAUACACAACUAGUAAUACUUGGCACUUGACGAUGGGUAAUUAAUUAUUAAAAAAAAAAAUAUAUAUAUAUACACAACGAAUAAAAUAGGUGUAGUUAUUUUGUCCUGGUGUCUUGUAUGUAUCUAUUGUAGGCGAUGUUCUUGUACCGAAGGAAUCUCAUACGAAUCUGCAUUUGCCUUGUUAUUGGUAGACAGGGAAUAGUGAUAGACAUAGCCAUCAUGAUGCAUGUAUACUUACAAAUCAGACAGCUCAAACACUGAUAUCAAUAGUUUAAUCCAACAAUAAUAUUAAUCAAAUGUAAUGAAUGACCAAGUAUGAUAUUAAUGAAAACCUUAUAGAUAUUUUCUAUGGGAAGAUCAAUCGCUAAACACUAAGGAAAAUGAAGAACUAUUCAUUUCUGUUCAGAAUUUCAUUUGUAACAGUAAAAUAUUUUGAUAAUGUCCACAUCCUGAUUAGUUUUCAAACACCACUGAAGCUACAUGUACAUCAAAUUUUCCUGGAUUUGAAGUAUCAAAUAUGUAUUUAACUGAAGUAUUUUGUUGAGAAGUUAAAUUGUCCAUCUCGUUAUUGUGUGUAAAUGUCCAUGAUUUAACACUGUAAUCGUAUUUUAGGAAAGGAAUUAGUAUAAGCUUUUAGCUUGUUUUCCAAUCCUAUAUGUAUAUAUGAUUUGUAAUCAGUUAAGUUAAUACCAAGAAAAUAUCAGCGAUACUUAGCCGUGUUGAUAAAGGUUAUCGGAUAGUAGUGAAUGGCCUGAUGUGAUUUUGUUUCGCAUUUUUAAUCAUUUCAAACAGUAAAAUAUCUAUAAUAUAUAUGUUGUUGUACUAUUUGAUGAAAAUGGUAUAUGGUAUGUAAAAAUUGAUUAAUUAGUAACGAAAUGAGAUGAAUUCAAAGUUUGUGUAAAAUAGAGGUAAUGUGGGAGAACAGAGGUAAAAUCCAGGUAAUGUGGGAGAACAGAGGUAAAAUCCAGGUAAUGUGGGAGAACACAGUUAAAAUCCAGGUAAUGUGGGAGAACACAGGUAAAAUCCAGGUAAUGUGGGAGAACAGAGCUAAAAUCCAGGUAAGGUAUAUAUGAAGCAGACUAUAAUGACGUUGACUUUACCAGAGUUGGUGCUCGGGGAAUCAGCCUUAUCAACAAAUGUGACCGGGUUUUCUUCAUGUUACCUAUCUGUUUCAGGACUUACAGCAAAUGACAACAAGGUAUACUAAGGUGUUUUUUUAUUGGUGAGGAAAAAAACAUAUCCAAUUUUCUUCUUCAAAAAGCUGACAGCCCACAAGAUUGUUUAUGUCUAGGUAUACUAUAAACGCUGAUGUGGAUAGCAUUAUGUCUGUUUAUGUUGAAAUAAGUCACGAUGCCAAUAAUAUAUCAAAAUGAAAAUAUAAGUGUUCAGUGGAUCCUUUAAAUGGCUGAAAUAGCACCAUGAAAUCGUCUUAAAGGGAGAUUAUGAAAUAAUUUCUAUAUAAUGAAUUGAGGAGGAUUUCUAUCAAAGAAAGAAUGAUAGUUUGAAUGUUGGUGUGUUUAUAAGAAAAUCUUCCGAUUUAUAUGACGAGAAGCGUUGAUUUCAGUCAUCCACAAAAAUCAUGUUUGCCAAUUAUCAAUUAUUUUACAGUAACGUCAAAUGAUGAAUAACAAUUUAUAUCAUAUCUAUUUUAUUAUUACAAAUUUCAUAAAUAACUAAGUCAUUAUCUACCAACUAACUUUUUUCUUUUACUAUUGAAUGGAGUUAACUACUAUACAUAGCUGGUAUCAAUUUCGAAUUGUAUCUAAGCAUAGUAAUGUUAUUUUUCAAAAAGACAUAUGGGAUAUAUUGACAAUUAUAUAAAUGACAUUGUUUUAUAACUCAAUUGUCUGUUCCAAAUAAUGCAUGUUUCUGAGACAAUAUAACUGUUGUUCAGUUCCUUUUGAAUGUUGUAAUUAGUGAGGAUUUGAACUAGCACUUCACAUCCCUUAACUCGUUAUAAUGUUACACGUGAAUAACUAUCAACAAUCACUAUCUAAAUCAGUCCUUAUCUUUUUUUCAGAUCGGGAUUUGCUAAUUUUAGUUGGUGUUUCCAAAUCUAUGUUAUUGUUGAUGAAAUGAGUUAUUGGGAAACAUGGAGAGGAAGUUACUCCAAUAUGUAUCCUUACCAAGACCAGUCAUGGCACUGUCGGAUAGGUUCGGACGCCUUCCAAUUCAAGGAGUCAAGAAAUUUUUAAUGGAUGGCUAUCACGAGGCGAACAAGCAAGGAUUCCCCACAGAGUUAAUCAAGCAUGCAUUUUUUAUACGAGAGAAAGUGGUGUGUUCCCCUAAGCUUCACCGAAAUGACUUUCCAAUGGACCAAAAGUUUAUGUUUCGUAUGUCCAUUGCUAGUGUCGGAACUACGUCAUAUUCUGUUUUCCAGGAACUAUACGACCCGUCUACAAUGGAGCGACUACUACGUUCUGAAACUAAACUGGUGAACGUUGACCCCGAGACAAGGAGACCAACGAACCUCCCAAAACUGUUUGUUGAGCAAAGCUCCAAGUUUAAAAGUGGAGAUUGUGGAUUAAUAACAGAAAUUCAAAAAGAUAUCGUACCACCAAAUAAUGCAUUCAGAACGAUUACUCGUACUAGAUACAGUGAUAUGGAUACAAAUUUACAUGUGAACUUUGCAGAAUAUUACGGAUUCUGCGCAGACUGUGCUUCGGAAGCGUCUCAAUCCGGGUACUAUCGUCACUAUGCCGACGACAUAGGUCGGUUUCCUGUUCUGCAGACAGAUGUAACAUUUAUUAGAGAAUCUCCAUCAUGUUCAAAUUUGGACGUGUACACUUGGCAAGACACUGGCAACGUUCAGAUUAUUUAUUUCGCAAUUUAUCUUAAGUCUGACAGGAUAUUGCUAGCACAAUUCCUGUAUGAUUAUAAAGCAAGUUUUAUUGCUUCCAAAAUAUGAUAGUUAUGAGCUUUACCGAAGGCGAUAACGAUGUUUAGAUAUAUUUGCAUAACUCUUCCUUAUGAAUUGUAUUGAUGUAUAUAUUUUUGAAUCAAGAGUCCAGAAAACAAUAUUAAACGUCGCACACCUGAAGCAUACGCUGAUAAACAUUGCAAAUAUUUUGUUAACUUUCCUAAUGAAUUGAACUGUUAUCAGUGUCACAAAUCUUUCAUGUCUUGACAAUAUUAUGCUGCUACAGUAUAACAGUAUUUAAGCAAUUCGAAAUUCUGGACACAUUGCAUUCCACAAGAUGAAGGAAAGUAAGGAAAUAAAAACUAAACUUAAUGUGUUAUUUGUGUCACUUUUUGUCAUUUUGACAUUGAAUUCGCAAACUACAUGAUGCGGAAUAAUAAAAUACUUGGCAUGCAAUAGGUCCACUUUUUAAACUUUCCUAUCUUACUGAACAUUCAUUCGUUUUAAAGGUAAGCAAACAAGCAAAACAAACAAACAAAAAUGUAGAAGCUCCUGAACCAGUUUUCAUUUCAUAUAUAAUAAUGAACACAGGCCAUGAAUUUAUCAUUUUAUGAAUCUCUGGCGAGAUAAAAUUGAUAAUUCGUGACGUUUAUAAUGUCUGCAUCUCAUAAAUGCUACACUGGUAUAUUCUGCAAACAGGAAAUGUUUUGAAUCAGACUGAUAUGCAAUCGACCAUCGCGAUAUUAAACCCACGUUGACUUCAUUCCUUUUCGAGUCCGCCAAGGUAAAAGACAGUCUAGUUCCAUCCACUAUUUGUGUCAACCGAAAACUCCACCACAAGGUAAUAUUACAAAUGUGCUCGUAACGCAAUUUAUGAGUGGUGUGUUAAGCCAUGCACAUGAACCAGAAAUACGUUAACUACAUAAAGCAAUAGGGUGUCAGACGUAGCUUCAGUAGGUGAUGAAUUUUCGUUUGAGUAUAUUUCAAUCCUGAAAAUG